AUCUGAAAAGAUGGGCUCUUUUGUUUUCUCACGUGCUGGACUGUGAACACAUUGUUUUCACUCCCGAGAAGCAGAAAGUCUGGCCAGCCCAGCCUGGCAGGCCACAGGGAAAUGGCCUUGUGGAAAACAGAUGGGCGGGGUCCUUGUAGCUGUCAGGUGGCAGGACUCUGAGCUGACAGUCCCAGCCUGCCCACACUGCCCCAUGCACAGAACAUGCUGUCUGCAGGACAGAGGUGGGAUGCACCCGAGGCCUGCUUGGUUUUGUCGGGGUGUAUCUGGGACACCCUCAGAUCCCUAGUGACCUCCUCUCUUCCCACCGGAAGGUGUUCUUCCUGCCUGCCCCCCGGAGAGUCUCCACAGGUGCCAUGACGCAGCAGCCCCAGGAGGACUUUGACAGAAGUGUGGAAGAUGCCCAGGCGUGGAUGAAGGUGGUACAGGAGCAGCUUCAGGUCAAUGACAACACACAGGGGCCCCGAGCGGCCCUGGAGGCACGGUUGCGCGAGACAGAGAAAAUCUGCCAGCUAGAGCCUGAGGGAUGCAUGAAGGUGGAACUGGUCCUGCGGGCGGCUGAGGCCCUCCUGGCAACCUGCCAGGAGGGCCAGAAGCCUGAGAUCCUGGCCCAGCUGAAGGAUAUCAAGUCCCAAUGGGAGGAGACGGUCACCUACAUGACUCACUGCCACAGCCGCAUCGAGUGGGUGUGGCUGCAUUGGAGCGAGUAUCUGCUGGCCCGGGAUGAGUUCUACCGCUGGUUCCAGAAGAUGGUGGUCGCUCUGGAGCCGCCUGUGGAGCUGCAGCUGGGCCUGAAGGAGAAGCAGUGGCAGCUGAGCCACGCCCAGGUGUUGCUGCAUAAUGUGGACAAUCAGGCUGUGCUCCUGGAUAGGCUGCUGGAGGAGGCAGGCUCCCUGUUCAACAGGAUCGGGGACCCCAGUGUGGAUGAAGAUGCCCAGAAGAAGAUGAAGGCUGAGUACGAUGCUGUGAAGGCCAGAGCCCAGCAUAGGGUGGAUCUCCUGACCCAGGUGGCCCAGGAGCAUGAGCAGUACCAGGAGGCUGUGACCGAGUUCCAGCUGUGGCUGAAGGCAGUGGUGGAGAAAGUGCGCAGCUGUCUGGGGCGGAACUGCAAGCUGGCUAUGGAGCUUCGCCUCUCUGCACUGCAGGACAUCGCCAAGGAUUUCCCUAGGGGUGAGGAGUCUUUGAACAGGUUGGAGGAGCAGGCCGAGGGUGUCAUCCAGAACACCUCUCCUUUGGGUGCAGAGAAGAUCUCCGGGGAGCUGGAGGAGAUGCGGGGGGUCCUGGAGAAGCUGAGAGUCCUCUGGAAGGAGGAAGAAGGGAGACUGCAGGGUCUGCUCCAGUCCAAGGGGGCCUGUGAGCAGCAGAUCCUGAGGCUGGAGGCAGAGCUGGGAGAGUUCAAGAAAAGCCUUCAGAGGUUGGCCCAUGAGGGCUUGGAGCCCACGGUGAAGACAGCCACAGAAGAUGAGCUGGUGGCCCACUGGAGGCUGCUCUCGGGGGCACGGGCUGCACUAGCUUCAGAGGAGCCCCGUGCAGACCGGCUACAAACUCAACUGAAGGAACUUGUCACCUUCCCUGACCUACAGUCACUCUCCGAUAGCGUGGUGGCCGCCAUUCAGGAAUAUCAAAGUAUGAAGGGAAAGAAUGCCAGGCUCCACAAUGCGACCAGGGCAGAGCUGUGGCAGCGUUUCCAGCGGCCCCUCAAUGACCUGCAGCUGUGGAAGGCCCUGGCUCAGAGGCUCCUGGACAUCACCACCAGCCUGCCGGACCUGCCCUCCAUUCACACCUUUCUGCCCCAGAUUGAGGCAGCCCUGGCAGAGAGCUCCCGGCUGAAAGAGCAGCUGGCGAUGCUGCAGCUGAAGACAGACUUGCUGGGGAGCAUCUUGGGCCAGGAGAGAGCAGCCGCUCUCCUGGAGCAGGUGGCAAGUUCUGUGAGGGACAGAGACUUACUGCAUAACAGCCUUCUGCAGAGGAAGAGCAAACUACAGAGCCUGCUCGCCCAGCACAAGGACUUCGGGGUGGCUUUUGACCCCCUACACAGGAAACUCCUAGACCUCCAAGCCAGGAUCCAAGCAGAGAAAGGACUUCAGCGGGACCUUCCUGGAAAGCAGGUUCAGCUCCUAAGGUUGCAGGGCCUGCAGGAAGAGGGUCUCGAUCUGGGGACACAGAUAGAGGCUGUGAGGCCUCUUGCCCAGGAGAACUCUAACCACCAGCACAAAGUGGACCAGAUUUCCUCUGACCAGCAAGUCCUGAAGAGGUCCCUAGAGGACCUUGUGGACAGGUGUCAGCAGAGCGUCCGAGAGCACUGCACCUUCAGCCACCGGCUGUCAGAGCUGCAGCAGUGGGUUACCAUGGUCACACAGACGCUGGAGACACACCAAGGGGAUGUGCAUCUUUGGGAUGCUGAGUCCCAAGAGACUGGACCUGAGAAGCUGCUGGCUGAAAUUCCAGAGAGAGAGGUCCAGCUGUCCCUGCUCCAAGCACUGGGCCAGCUUGUGAUGAAGAAGUCUUCUCCAGAGGGGGCGGCCUUGGUCCAGGAGGAUCUGAGGAAGCUGGUGGAGUCUUGGCAGGCCCUACGGCUGCUAGAGGAGAAUCUGCUGAGUCUCAUCAGAAACGAGCAGCUGCAGAGGACAGAAGUGGACACGGGGAAGAAACUACUCUUCACCAACAACAUCCCGAAGGCUGGCUUUCUCAUCAACCCCCAGGACCCUAUUCCCAGGCAUCGGCAUGGGGCAAACGUACUGGAAGAGCAUGACCUCCAUGAAGAUCACUCCCAGCUCCUGAGGGACUUUGAACAGUGGCUGCAGGCGGAAAACUCCAAGUUAGUUGGAAUCAUUGCAAUGAGAACAGCCACAGCCAAGGACUUGAGGACCAGAAAGAUGAAACUGCAGGAGCUGGAGGCCCGAAUUCCAGAAGGCCAGCAUCUCUUUGAGAACCUGCUCCGACUCAGGCCAGCAAGGGACCCCUCCAAUGAACUGGAAGAUCUGCGCUAUCGUUGGAUGCUGUACAAGUCCAAACUCAAGGACUCUGGCCACCUGCUGACGCAGAGUUCUCCAGGGGAGCUGACUGCAUUCCAAAAGAGUCGACAGCAGAGGCGGUGGCGGAAUCCCUGCUCUCUCCUGCAGAAAGCAUGCCGCGUGGCGCUGCCGUUGCAGCUGCUGCUCCUGCUCUUUCUUCUGCUGCUCUUCCUGCUGCCGGCUGGUGAGGAGGAGCGCAGCUGCGCCCUGGCCAACAACUUCGCCCGUUCCUUCGCUCUCAUGCUUCGUUACAACGGCCCCCCGCCCACCUAGCCCACUGGGGCCUACAGGUGACUUUCUGCAGACCCGCUGAGGCUGGCUGCUGGGGGAAGCUGGACAGACCAGACACCCAGAAGAGCCUCUGUCUAAAUGCUGCAUCUGUUCCCAGAACUUGCUUUUUCUACGAUGUCAUUUCUGUCUAUUUAUACUAAAUGUGUACUAUGUGUGGUUAGGGAAUAAUGUACAGAUUUUUUUAUACGCAGUGUAUGUAUAUGCUCAAUGUAGAUAACUUCAGAUACGAUGUCUCUUUGUGCCUACAGAAGUCCCCAGCAGUGUGUUUCCCUAAUGGGAUGUGUGACACUCGUGCCUUAGCGUUCUGUCAUCCCUGGAAGACAGGAGAAAUCACAUGUUACUUUUAUGACAACCUGUACCCAGGAAUCCAGAUACAGAAGUCUCCGAGCUCUGAGCUUAGCUGAACAGAAUUGGAGCCUUGGAGCUCUUGUGCAUGUGGCUAGUUUUAAAGCCACAAGGACUUGGGCUGUAGGCUGGAUAAAAAGAAGCGGUGAUGGCCAAGAGCAGUGAGACCAGACAGGUGACAGAGGGAUCCCCAGAGAGGAGCAGAAGAACUUAGAGAACUGACAAAGUUCCACAGAGUGAUGGCACUUAGCCUGCCCCACCACACAGACCAGCGAGAAAUGCCUGUGACCAUGAGCGUGACCCUGUGUCUUCAGGAAGUGGCUGGGAUUUUGUUUGUGUGUUUUCCCCAGGAGAAAGAAAAAAGGAAGAUGAACUUGGCUUUUUAUUCUUAUGCACAAGGGUGAAGCACAUUGCCAGUGGCCCGUGACAGUCCCAGGAGGCCUGUGUUACCAUUGUGGUUGGGCAUUCUCCGGGCUAGGGCGUGAACUGAGGGCAGAGUGGAAAAGACUCGGCCCAUCUGAAGGGGUCUCUCUUCCCUUUCAAGAAGGAACUGUGCAGGCUGGUGGGUCUACAGGAAUGGACAGGUCUUAUCUUCUUCCCCUUCCAGGGCUCACAAUCUAGCUCCAGGCAGGAACAAAUAGGUGGGCUCCAGGUAUGUGUGGGAGGCCUCUGGGGUGACUCCAGGCUAUGCCCAAGGCUGGAAGUAUGACCAGGGAAUUCUGGGAUGAUCCCUAAGUGGGUUAAAACUGGAUCAAGUUUACCCUAAACUGACACUUUUUUUUCUUUUGGAAAAUACUUAAUGCCCCCUUUUUUACAGAUGGAAUUUGUCUGGUAGGUGGGGGUGCCCUCAGGCAUUAGCAUCAGAUACACACCCACAGUGUUAAAGACCCAGAGAGGCACUUUAAACAUAACGAAUAUUGAGGCCCUAAGAGGGACCCGACUCCAAGGUCACCACCCUAUGCACACAGACCAAGUCCCUCCCAAGCUGGCAUCAGGCUACACCAUGUACGGUCUUCAUCUUAGCACAGAACCUAGGAAAGGCAAGCAGGACGGCAGUGCCUUGGGCUUGUUACUUGGUCUAUGACCUCAGCCAUAAGGCCUCCCCUGCACACUGCCAUUUUGCCGGGAAAUCAGGGGCUGGUGCACCUGACCUCAGACCCAGGUAGCUGAGUCCUGAUGCUCACUAAGAUCAUUAGUCCACCACUUGGUCAGAACUGUGGCAAAGGACAUCAGCACUUCCUUUUCCGCUUUCCCAUCUCACAGGUAAGAAACUUGAGGCCCAGAGAAGGAAAGUCCCUUACCCACAGCCACACAGCAAGAACCUAUAAAGCCAGAAAUGGGCUGGUCACCACCGUCCUCAGGUGAUAUCAUGUUCAUUAUAUAGUAUAGCCUCCCCACACCUCCCUUCCCAGGGCGAGGACGUGGCUCAGAGAUAGCACACUUGCCCAACAGGUGUGAGUCCUGGGUUCCAUCCCCAGAACUUAAGAGAGAAAAAGAAAAAGCAGAAAAGAGAGCUGUUUACUAUGAAUGUAGUUGUGUCUUGUGGUAAAUGGCUGGGGAGGGUGUAACUGCAAUAUGCCGGUGGUGGGGUGGUGGGAACAUAUCUCUGUUUUUAACUAUGACAAUGACACUGUGGAUUGCUUGUUUGCAUAACUUUUUGAACAGAGGGGGACUGAUAUUUUUAUUUCUUUCAUAUGAAUAUAGCUGGAAUAUGACAUACUAGCCAUUUCUGGGUGCUUUUCCGAUGUAACUUCUUUUGCUUAAAGUGCGUAUAGACACCUGCUACUGUGAUGUCGCCUCCUAGCCAAUUACCAUGGAGAGUUGGAAGGUGUCCCUGGAGAGAAGUGUUGGAGCUUAAAAAGCUUAAAAAGUCUUUGUUAGGAGUGUGUGUGUGUGUGUACAUGUGUGUGUGUGUACGUGUGUGUGUGUACAUGAGUGUGUGUAUGUGUGUGUGUGUGUGUGUGUGUACGUGUGUGUUAUUUGUCCUGCAGACAGUGCUCACAUGUAACCUACCUAGGUUAGCCUAGGAAUAUGUGUGUGUGUAUGUGUGUGUGUGUGUGUGUGUGUGUGUGUGUGUGUGUAAGGAUCCAAGCAGGUACUAUCAGUGCUGUUGGUCCCCUACCCUGUGUCGCUUUCUGCUCCUUUCGUCCCCAUCUGUCCUCUGAGUGCAGAAUGCAGGAGCAGAGAAUCUGUUUAUAAUGUAGUUGGUCUAAGUGGAGUUAGGGCUCAGGACAACGGGUGAGCUAGGAAGUCCUGGAGGUGCUGGCGGGAAGGGCCGAGGCGCUGCUCACUAGGCUGUGGUGGUUUGGAAGAAAAUGGCUCCUAAAGGAGUGGCACUAUUAGGAGGUGUGGCCUUGUUGGGGGAAGUGUGUCACUGUGGGGAAGGGCUUUGAGGUCUCUUUUGCUCAAGCUUCUCAAUGUGUGAUAGUCAGUUGACUUCCUGCUGCCUUCUGGUGGAGAUGCAGCCAGUACCACGUUUGCCCACACGCCACCAUGCUCCCUGCCAUGAUGAUAAUGGAUUGACCUCUGAAACUGUAAGCCAUCACCCCAAUUACAUGUUUUCUGUGUAAGAGUUGCUGUGGUCAUGGUGUCUCUUCACAGCAAUAGAAUCCCUAACUAAGACACAGACGAUGCCUUUCUGUGGGGAACCAACACCGAAGGGCUGGCAUUUCCAUACUGCCCACCCCGAUCAAGCCUGAUAGUUCUUCAUCCCUACGCGUGAGGUGAGACACAGGGGCUUUUAAAGAUAUAAAGCCACUUGCCCACAUCCAGGUGAGACUGGAAUCCAGGGUUAUUGGACCCUGGAGCCCAUACUGGGGAGAAAGGACUUGGGGCUGGUACCACUAAGCUGCAGUCUCUGUGGCCUCUGGGAAUGGUGUCACUGAGUGGCCACUCUCUGCUCUCAGCUCCAUUGGGGUGGGGUUAACGAGACUCUGUGGCUUCCUGUGACUCUCUGAGGAAUCCCCUCAGCAGGCACAUCCCUGCAGGUCAUUGGCCAUCAGCCUCGUGUUGCUCCAAGAGGCAGGACUUGCCACACACCCUGAGGGCCUCCUCUGCCCCUGUGAAGUCCCCCAUCAUUGGCCUCAGUUCCCUGUGGGACCAGAGUCCUAAGAUACUUUAGAGGAAGGAAACUGGGGUUCCUCUGCAGCUGGGACAAGGGGAAUGACAAGCCCCUCGUGAGCUACUGCUGGGAGGCCGGGUGCCAAGGGUGUGGGCCACCCUGCGAGGAUGCCCAGGCUGCCUGACAGCGAGAGAGACUGAGAGGGCCUUUCUUUUUCCAUGCAAUGUGAAGUCAGGACAGGUCAGAUCAACAAACUCUGUGAAGGGUUUGAGAAUCUGAGCCGAGCUGAUCUGGCUGGGGUAAUCAGAUGGGAAACAGAGACAGAGGCCAGUCAGGGACCACAGAGGCGGAGGGCCGCUAAUGCACGCUAAGUAGCCAUGAGGCCAGACUUUAUGUUGCACGUGUUUACCACUGUUUAAGAAGGGACACAGCAAGAAAGGGAGACAGGAAGUGGGGAGUAGGAGGGAGAGAAAGAAGGAGAGAGAAAGAGAAAGGAAUGGAGAAAGGAGAGAGGGGAAGAUGAAUAGACAGAUGGACGGAUGGACGGACGGACAGAUAAAGUGUCUUGUCCCCUCUUCAUUCUAACCCAUAUAUUAAGCCCUUAGAGUCCCUUCUUGGGGCCAUACAUAUUGGAACACUAGGGUAAAUGAAGUCUAGGCCCUGCCCUCUGGAUCUAGACCAAGAAGCAUCUGUUCUGUUUAAGAUGCUGAAUCCAGACCAGGGCCUUGGCCCUUGACUUUGCUCCUCUGCCUCCCACAGGUGCUGCUCAACCUACCAGGAGCUAGAGGGCCAUGGAGGAGACACAGGGGGACCUGGGGAUAAGUGGGAGGGUGUCUCAUGGCUUCUGCAAAUUAAAUGUAGCUGUGACUAUGAGGACAGAGGAGAUGUACUAGGGAGGCCAGAUGAGGGACAGGAGAAAGGGCCUGGGCAUAGCAGAAGGGAAAGGAAGCUCACUGGCUGCGCCUCUAGAGGUCCCAAGGUAGAUCCUUGAGGUCUGAGCACCAAGGCUUGGCAGGAGACCCAAGGCUGUCUUUGGCUAUGGACAUCUAAGGUUUUAGACACAACCCAGGAGGGGUCAUACCCCACUUCCCUCUCUCAGGGAGGUCAGCCUACAGCAGAGGUUCCUCUGUUCCCUCACCCUAGUCUUGUAUACUUUCCAGGUCAGCAUAGAAAAGAGAAGUGAGCCAUUCCCUCCCUUAAUGUACCUGUGGCAGACAUGAGUAGUUGAUCAUUGAGCCUUUCUCUCUCUCCAGCCUGAAUGGACUUCCUGGUCCUCAAACCACUUAAGUAUUACUGCUAAUCUGUCCUGUGGGAAAAGCACCUGCUUGUCAUCCUCAUCCUUAAUCCUAACCCCCUCAGAAGACAAAAUUCUUGCCUGCUUCUUCCCCCAACCCCCACAUUAACUUUAGAACAUCCCAGUAAAAAUCAGUUUUUCUUAGCAAGGAAGAAUGCAUCAGGCUGCUGCCUAGGUGUAUCGGCCACUAUUGGAACCAAAAUCCCAGGUUCAUUCUGCGCCCCACAUCUGGGUCUCACGCUCUGUUGGCAGAACUUGGAGGCAUGGCCCUUAGAAGUUCCAGGAAUGGCCUCUGUGUUGCCUGCCAGCCCCUGCUAGUUGUCAGGAGUCCCUGAGCCCUUCAAUCUACUCUUGGAACACCCGUCCUGCAGAGCCUGGGCUGAACUUGCCACCCUGCUCUGUGGUCAGAUCUCCAGGAAGAUCACAGUGUUUCAGUCAUUCUUGGCUCCACUGAGCUCCUGAGAGCAAAUCCCGGAAAGGGAAAAAGGGCUGCAGCUUUUCCAGACUAGUGCUAACCUUCUAGCCGGUCACUGAGGCCCACCAUCACCAACAGAGCCCAGGUGCCUCUCCAGCACAGGGUUGCCCCUGAAGGACUGAAGAUCAGCCGACAUUUCCCCCUCAACCCCAAGGCACAAGCGGACGGCUUUCUGUUUAUUGACUUAAGAGCAAGUGGGGAGUUGUUCUAAAAAAACAACUGAGGAACAAAAACCUGGGGUCUCCCGGCACAAGCCAUACAGGCAGCCCACAUGGCUCAGCAUCCUCCAGGCAUCUGCUUGCCUUCAGUUCCCAUGGUAACAUCACAGGUGCCCACAGGAUGGUACCCAGCCAUCCCUGAACACAGGAGACAGCAGUGGCAGAGGAGUUCAGCUUCCCAAGAGAUCCCAGGUUUCCUUUCGAGUCCUUUGGUCCCUGCUCAGUGCUGUUGUACUAAUUCCACAGACAGGCCACCUGUGCUCCUGGUGACACUGGACAGAUGAGGGACAGAGCCUGUAGCCCCUCUUUUAGUUCUAUGGGAAGAAAGCGAAGAGACCCACAAGGCAGGGCCUGCAAUACAGCCCAGCUCCUGAGAACCUGGGCAGUGGAGUCACGAGCUUAUGUUUAGGUGCUGAACCCAGAGCGCAGACAAGGUUAGCAAACUGCCUAAAAUCAGCCAGCCAGUGAGUGAGUGAGACAUGUAGGAUUUGAACCCAGGGGUGACGGGUCACAAGUUGGGUGUUUUUCUGCCACUGUGUGGAACUUGCCUUCGUCUUCCGUUGCUUUUCUUUCCCUUGUGGACCACAGGCCACUGUUACUCCCGCAUCUGGGUAGCCUGUUGGAAGGUGCCGUUCCUGUGCAGGAGUGGCAGAGUUUCUCUCCUGUGUCUACUCUACCAGCAAACUCUUUGACCCCCAUUGCCAGGGGGGAGUUGGGAGCACCAGGGUAGGGUGCCAGGGGCAGGACUGGAAACAGACUCGGGCCACCACUGUCAGGGGCAGAUGCAGGACAGAGGUUGCUGUGGGAGAUCACUGUGCAUGGUGCCAAAUUCUUCUAGAAGAGCGCAGAUGCAGGGGUCAGGCAAGUUCUUGGAGCUCCUGGGAUAAAGAGGAUAAAGAGGUGGGCAGAGAAGGAGAGUGCAUGUCUGUGUGCGUGUGUGUGCGUGUGUAUAUGUAUUGUGUAAGUGUGCUUUGGUGUCCAGAGCAAUCAAAUUCAUUGUUUAAAGUGUUCACUUGUGUAAACAGUACAGAGGGACCAUCUCCUCUUGUCACAAGUCUCUGUGGUAAUAAAACAUGAAUUUUUGAAAAGUUCAGCUUUCUGGGAAGGCCGGCGGAACUGGAGCCAAAAUGACGAUCUUGGAACACGUGUGUGUGUGUGUGUGUGUGUGUGUGUGUGUGUGUGUGUGUGUGUGUGUGUUAUCUCAGUUCAUAUCAAGUCCAGAGCUGACUGGGGGCCGCAGCGCCUCUCAGUUCUGUGGGAUGGGUCAUGUAAGUCUCCGGUCCCUGCUGAGCGCUGUUGUGCUUGUCUAUUUUGGUGGCAGCGGUAUUCUGAAAGAUGAGUUCGUGUUUUCAUUGUUGUUUUAUGUUUUUUUUAAUGUAUCUGCUCUAUGUUUGGAAAUAAAAAGCUCUAUUUUGGUCUAUGA